AUGCAAGAAUAUGGUGGUGAUAAAACAAAUGACCAUCGCGAAGCCGCAGACGGGAGAGAAAGAAGCCAAGAAAGCUUUCAUGGGAAACAGUCGUACUCCGUGAUACAGAAAAGCUAUGGUAAUGUUUGUUCAAAAGAAACUGAACAAACUAAGUCUACUUAUGGGCGAGUAACUUCCGGCAUAUACGAAUCAUCGAAUCAGCAAUAUCAAAGCACACGGUAUAACUCUUCUGUGCCUACAUUCAGCUCCCCACCCAAUUCACCAUUAGUUGGAGUUGUAUUUAGCCCCUCAUCUCCAAACUACAGUCGAUCUACAAUGACUGAACAUCUCAACCCAGAUAGACGAUCGCAAAGUUCAUGGUCCAUUCCUAACCAAGAACCAAUCGGUACUGGUGCUAAGAAGAAAAUAGUAAAGAGUCACGAAAAGCGAAACGCUUAUAGUGCCGAUCCUAGAUACCAUGAGAGGUAUAAAGAUUCUAGUACUGAGACUGAACCCAGCAGGAAGCAAGAUCGGAACCUGAGAGCUGACUCAACAACUAGCUUAGAUUUCUUUGCCGAAGGUGAGAGGAUGGUUUCAGAACUUUGUAACAUAGCUGAUACAAAAAAUGAAAAGACAACACAAAAGACAAACCAACCUGAUGAAGAUAAGAAUAAAUCAACUGGUUCUUCGGAGGUUCUGUUGACAGCUUUAGACAAGAUUAUUAUACAUGACCAAAUACCUAACCAAAUCGUGCAACUAGCCAUCGAAGCUUGUACUGAUGCUGAAAAUAUAGCUAUUGCUCAUCAUAAUCGACCUUGCUUUAAAAAUAUACAUUCGAUUUGUGCGAAAACUCGUUCGAAUGUGCAAAAGCCGGAUAGCGCAGUAGCAAACUUACAUUCUCAAGGCAUCCCCUGGGUAAUUAAAAACUUUAUAUUUUCAUUCGUUAGAAUCUUGGAUGGAUGGAAGGGCGUAAAAGAAUUGCUUAGUGAAAAACACGACACAUUCUCUAGGAUUGAAAAUAAAUAUUACAGUCCUAAUAUUCGAGAAUGCUUUAUACAGUGGCAAGCUAUAACUAAAGAAAUGUUGACACAUAUUUAUAAAACGUUCAAAUGUCUUGAUCACGGAUUUACUAUGGAGCAAAAGAGCUUCACGCAUAAUUAUUACGCUACAAAUUCUGCAGCUCCCCGGCAUCAAAACCAAAGCAAGUUUCAGCCAAUUAAAACACAUGUGGGCACUCCUCGACCAGUCAAUACGUCUCCACAGCCCUACAAUGCGGUACAACCGCCUUGGAUGCAAAAUCAAAGCCAAGCGCCCGUUCAGAGCUUUAAUGAAAGUCCAUGGCCAACUAGACCUAGCGUCAGCUAUAAAAAAUUUCCUGUCGUACCACCACCGAACGCGCAAAACUUUUAUCCAUUAAAUGAUCAAACUGAUAUUGAUUAUCAAAAAGUGCAGUAUAAAUGCGAUCCGUACAAUGUAAGAGAAGCUAAACCACGUCAAUCGUGGACAAUAACAAACGUACAUGACUUUAGGUCACUCGAAAACAUGUGUCAUACAGAACAAAGGGAAUUGUACAACCAGCUCAGACAUAAAAUGGAUGCUGAGCUUGGAAAAGCUCCAGGACAACCUAUCUACGGCACUUUACCUUGUGAUAUGAUACAACGAAGAGAUAAGGAGUUAAAAGCGAAAAUGAUCCCAUUGAGUCAUGUUGAGAAAACUUUAAUACCUAGUAUGGCUACAGCAGCUGAAAUAAAAAAUUACGUUCAAAAAAAUAAUAGCUGCGGUGAUACAAAGGAUGACGGGGAUUUUUUUGUGGCGUGGGGUCAGAUGGUACAAAAAGAAUCUAACGACUUUUUAACUCAUCACACUCACAACAUUCAAAUUCCAUCAAAUGUUGUGACGCUCCCAAGUAAUAUUUCUGGCCCCGUACAAUUUAUUGAUACUGAAAAUGAUGAGUUCCAUGAGAUGUCCAAGGUUUAUAUGAAACCUGGAAGUUAUAAGGUGCCAAUAAAACCGGCAGAUCCUUUAUCUCCAUUUAUACAAAACAAUCCUCAAGAUGUUAUCUAUGAGAAUGUAAUCGAUGACGUAAAUUCUUUAAAACUUAAAAGCCAAUUCUCACCUGUUACAUUGGCACCCCAACCAAAAUAUAAUUUAGAAUCUUGGCCUUGCUUAAUGUCUCGGCGAACGGAAGAUUUAUUAAAUGAAGAGCAGAAAAUACGAAACAUGAUGCCUUCCUUAGAAAUGAGGGGUAUUGAUUGUUUAGAUAUUUUAAAUUCAAUGACUUCUGACCGAGCGUGGGAAGCCGCAAAGCAGUCAGCUCCAAAAUUAAUGGAUUUCUUACACGAAGGGUGUAAAUCAGAUACAGCACGUUUGUAUGACGCUUUAGGUUUGUGUACAAUCGAUGAAUAUUCCAAUGAGAGCAAACAAAUACAAUCUCAUUUAGAAAGAAACGAUGUCUGGCCUUCUAGCUCGUCAACAAAUCAAUACAUGAAAGCACAAACGUCUUUAUGGGAACACAAUACUGUAAAACAGGAAUAUUGUCAUAACCAAAGUAUAUUUACUGAAGACGUCUCAAAAUUUUCUGAAAUUGAACAAAAAGCCAGUGAAAUUGUGGAAGAAGGUGUAGAACAAAUUGAAAGCAAACUAGACGAAUCUAAGGAAGUGAAAUGUCCAAACUUUGAUCAAUCAGGAAAUCAUAUAAGAGAUGACAACCAGAAAAAAAAUUGUACAAAAUCGAAGCUAGCUAUCUCUGGCAUGUGGUAUCACCCGAAAAAGAAAAAGCCGUUGGCAGCUGCCACUGUUAAAAAGUUUGAAAUAAUAUUAAACAAAUUAUCUGCAAUGAACGAAGCUUCAUUUAUCCAACAUGACAUGGAUAUAAAAACGGCUCCAAGGUUUUAUGAAGUUGUGAAAUAUCCUAUGUGUUUGCAUGACAUAUUGACGAAGCUUAAAAACUCAUCCUACACAGAAAUAGAUCAAGUUAUACAAGAUUUUAGACGGAUUUUCAAUAAUGUUAAGCUAUAUUUGAAAAGCUAUCCGGAUACCACGAUGAAGAAAAACGUAAGUAAGAUUGCAAUUGAAUUUGAAAAAAUAUUGAAUGAGGAAUUUCCCAUUAAAAUAGAUGUAAAAAAAUGUUUGGAUACCGAAACUCACACGUCAGAUAAUAACAAGAAAUACGAUAAAGAAAAUGACUUGAAAAAUAAUCUGGAUGAAAAAAAUAAAACCGCAGAUAGUAAACAGAAUGAAGAUGAAAAGAAAAAGUAA